AUCUCUUUAAGAAUGAAGCUGAAAUUGGAUCCUCUCGUUCCCUUACUUCCACCACCACAUACAGCAAUCAUUCUCAACAUGCUCUCAACGACGCGCGCUAUAAAACCCACUCGAAUCAUCGCAGAUUGAGAUUAUUAUAAGGACCACCAGUUUUAUCUGUUUGAUAUGAAAUCAUGCAUUUCAUAUCGCCGUGGAGGGAGGAAAAUCAUGCAUGUGUCUAAUUGACGAAAAACAAGGAUUUGUUUCAUAUCAGACCAUGUUUUCAGACACCAUGCACAACUAGCCAGCAGACGAUACCAUUGAUGAUCGAUAAGAGUGGGGUCGGGUGGCCAUGGACCCCUUCAGCCAGCUGAUCCUGCUCAUCUCGGUGGUGAGUUUUUGCACUUUCCAGUGGCUUUUUCACAGCGUGAGCCCCUGGGUAUCGUCCAGAAUCAGCCCUGGCUUCCUCAAACUCUCCCACAAACAGAAGAUCGAGUGGAACUCAAGGACUGUGUCCACGCUCCAUGCCCUGUUGGUCGGCCUCUUCUGCCUCUACAUCCUGUUCUUCGAUGAGGCAGUCAAUCAUGACCCCGUAUGGGGAGAUCCUGCUCUGGUGAAGAUAAACGUGAGCAUUACUACAGGCUACCUCAUAUCUGAUCUGCUGCUUAUAUUUUACUAUUGGAGAGCAAUAGGAGACAAGUUUUUUGUAAUCCACCACCUGGCGGCAUUGUAUGCUUACUACUAUGUACUGGGUCAAGGAAUGUUGCCUUAUUUUGCUAACUUCCGUCUGCUUGCAGAGUUUUCCACACCAUGUGUAAACCAACGCUGGUUCUUUGAAGUAUUAGGUUACCCCAAAGUCUCCAAGCCUAACAUGGCUAAUGGGGUACUGAUGGCGCUUGUGUUUUUCCUGGUGAGGAUCGCCGUCAUGCCAGUAUACUACAGCCGAAUGUGUUCAGUGUAUGGCACGGAGGCCUUCUACAGGGUCUCCUUUGGCGGCCGAAGCGCUUGGAUCUUCUCCAGCAUCUGCCUGGACAUCAUGAACGUCAUGUGGAUGCAUAAAAUCGCCCGCGGCUGCUACAAAGUCCUGCGUUCCAGCCGGAAAUCUAAACCCGAGAGCCAGGAGAAUGGAAAAACCGAUUGAGUGAAAAGAAAGGGCAUUCGAAUUUUACACCAUUUGCUCACACACAGGGUCGUUGUCUUAUUGACGGUCUUCAUGGGACACUAUGGUGGGAUGGUGACCGGUAAAGACUUUGAAAACUACCCCAGAGCAAUAUUUCGGAGUUAAGACCCGAAACUCUGACAAAAUGUCAAAUUGAGAUCUAGUACACCAGAAAAGACUGGCCGUCCCACUUUUAAUUUGUGUUUGUUUUCCAACCGUUCACCAAAAGUGCAAACGAUGCACUGUUCGAGAUUGCUGGAUGAACUGUAUUUUAACCAUGUUUGGUUUUCAUUUUAAACUGUGUGGGCAGGUCAACAACAUUAUUUAUUCAUCAAAGUUCAGUCCCUCGCUCUCAAUCACUGUCCUGUGCAAAGGGGCCAAGCAGUCAGUCACCUGAUGUUCAAAGCCGCGUAUAUUGACUGUGAAAAAUUCAUCCACACAACUGCACUAAACGAGGAAAAUCUGUGUACUCAAGAAGAAACUCUUUGAAAAUUAAUGUCACAUACUUUAGAUAUUUUAUUGAAUGCCCCAAUGAGAUCCAACUGUGGGUUGAACAGGCAAAAUAUUUUAUAUAUACAAGAUGUGAGCAGUUGUUGCAUUAAUACGGAACUGUUUUUAAGAAUGAAACCUGUUUACACUCGCUCCAGAUUCAGUUCAGAUUUCGCUCCGCUCCCAUGAAACGGACAUCACGCUUUGUUCGCACUGUACAGUUAAUUGCAUGCGGCAAUGUUGUUCUCUGAAUGUUUGCAUUGUACAUAGUAAUUUUAUUGAACCUACGAUAAUUCUUUUAAUUACGUUGGUGUGUACAGUGUAUCUGUUCAAUACUGAACUAAAUGAUCGAUUAUGUUUUGGAAAUGGGUUUAAAGGAAAGUGUAGCUCGUGUAUGUUCGAAGACUUUCUCGACGUCGGAUAGUUUUCCUGCAUUGUACUUAAUUUAUUGACCCAGUUUUGCACUGGGACAGCAUGGUAAUGUUUGUACGACAUAUUUAUUAUUUUUUUAACGGAAAGGUAUAAAAGUCGUCAAUGUGUCGGAGUAGAUAUACAGCAUAUGAGAGAAUUCACAAUACAGAGAUACUUUUAUGAAUUCAUUUUAAAAUUCAUUGUCACAAUGACGAAUUUAGUGUAGAAAAUUCAUACUAUACACGUGCAUUCAGUGGCGGCACGGAUGUUAGCGCAUGAGUUUUAUUGAUUUAAAAUGUAUGAAAGAUGGCUUAAAGCAGUUUGUGUGGAAACAAUUUUAAAGCGUUUUUUUUUUUUUAUGAACUUAUAAGUACUUGAAUUUUGAAAUGCGUUAUUUCUGAGAGCCAGACCUAGGAUGAAUUGUCUUUACUGGCAUGAGAUAUACAGGAAUCCAUAUUGUAAUCAUUAUUAUUAUUAUUAUUAUUAUUGCCUUCGUAUUCAAUCACUCAAAAUGCCUUUUUUUGUUUCAUUAAAUAAACGUCUUAUUUUCUACUUCUAGUGUCAUUUUGUAACACAUGUUCAUUGUAUGGUCAUGUAAGGAAUGCAUGUGGCUAUGUCGAUCACUUUGAUUGUUUUAUCUUUUUAGUUCUCACCAUUGUUCCAACCAAAGGUCAAAAAUAAGAAUGGGUGUUUUGAAUCGUACAUAUUAAAUAAAUGGUGGCACAACAACAGAAAAACCCAGCUGGAUGAAUAGACGUGCAUUGUUUGUUUAAGUAUAAUCUGAAACAAGCAUAAAAAAAGAAGGGAAAAGUUCAUUCAGUGUAACUUUCAGAACCUUGUAGGUCAUUUCCAAGGAAACACUGAAUUAUGUAUCUACAAACAGUUAAAUGUCAUUUAGAACAAUAUUGCAUUUUACUUUUACUAAAAGUCUUUUCAAUGCAUAAAGUUCCAAACCUUCAGUCUUCGGCAUUAAUGUUUAAUUUAAUGGAAUGUGAAAAUGCACAAUAUCAUGACACUGUGUGUGUUUUUAUAACUGAACUGUUCCAUAAACUAAUGUCACAGGAAUUUGUUGCCAUGUAAAGGUUUACAUUUGUAACUACGGUGAGCACAGGGAUCAUCUUCCCUUUAUAAUGAAAGGAAAGUGCAUGUAUCUGAGGAAUGACACAACAGCUGUUUUUGAAUAUUUGUUCCUUCACAUGUCUUAACUUUUCACUUCCGUUAUGCCAUUUGCCUCAAUAAAGCAAUAUGUUUAUUUUGA